AUGGAGUCGCGCCGGACAAAUCCGUCCGUCAGCCGGGCGUUGUCCUCCCGGGAGCGGUGGAGUGCAAUGCGCAUUGCCAUUGCCUCCUCCAACUCGCACGGGAUGACAUCCCAGUCGACGAAUUCGGACUGGUCGGAGUUAGAUCCGCUGCCCGCCAUGCCGGAGAUGGCUGGGAAUCGCCAGAGUGUGUCCGUGUCGGUCCCGAACAGGAAUCGCCCCGCCACCGACGCGCCAUCAUGCCGCCGAGGAGCGUCGGGCUACCGCGGCGUCCACCAGCGCCCCAACGGCUGGUACUACUCCGAGAUCCGGUCCGGCGACGUCCGGCUCGCCCUCGGCACCUUCGAGACGGCGCACGAGGCCGCCCGCGCGUACGACGCGGCGGCGUGGCGCCUAGGCAGGCCGCGCCCGCAGAUGAACUUCCAGGACGUCUACACGCUCCAGCAGGCGCUGGACGUCGCCCCUCCGCCUCGUCUUAUCACGGCACAAGACCGUGCAGAGCAUGCUGAGAGGCAGCGCCGCCUCCUCAUCGCCGAGGAGGACGAGCGGGCCAUGGCGGAGUGGCGCCGGCGCCACCCGGAGGACGUCGCCGACGAGUAA